AGAAACACGCUCGACUUCGGAAGACCGCUCCUCUUCAAACCUGCCAGGCAAGAAAGAUUUCCAAGGAAUCGCUCCAGCCCUGUGUGGGCCUCUGCGGGCCAACCCCAGCCCCCUGAAGAGAGCCAGGCGCCCGCCCGCCACCCUCAGCACCCUCGCCAGACGGACAGCGUCAGGGAGCCCUGGUCCAACCUCGGACAGAGCCUGGUGAGCUUGGCUUUGAGGAUGGAGUCAGACGAGACGCCCUCAACUCUUCCAGGACCCGCUGCUGCUCUGGGGAUGCCAGACGCUGGCCCUGACAGCACCUCCCUGGGGAAACUCCGAGGGCUCCCCAUCGGGCCCAGGGCCCAUUGCAGGGACCCUUGUAGCCCAGCUGCAGCAGGGGAUGGCUCCCCAGACACUGGCUCCGUGGGGGAGCUGAGCAGUGGCGCAAAGAUCCCCAACCGGGACAGUGGAAUCGACAGCCCAUCCUCCAGCGUGGCCGGGGAGAACUUCUCCUGCGAGGAGGGUGGUGAGGCCGGCUCAGGCCCCGGAGUGCUGGGGCUGAACCCUGAGAUAGCCCUGCACAGCCAGGUCCCACAGGACACCCCCCAGGAGGAGGCCAACAGUGACGUGGGUGAGGAGCCCAACCCUGAGAACUCUCCCCCGAGGGCUGACAAGGAUGCCAGCCUGGCCCAGCACUCUGACCCCCAGAAGCUGCUCCACAUUGCCCAGGAGCUCCUGCACACUGAGGAGACCUACGUGAAGCGGCUGCACCUGCUGGACCAGGUUUUCUGCACCAGGCUGACCGAAGCAGGGAUUCCUCCUGAAGUCACCACGGGCAUCUUCUCCAACAUCUCCUCCAUCCACCGUUUCCACGGGCAGUUCCUGCUGCCUGAGCUGCAGACUCGGAUCACGGAGGAGUGGGACAGGAACCCCCGGCUCGGGGACAUCCUGCAGAAGCUGGCCCCAUUCCUGAAGAUGUACGGCGAGUAUGUCAAGAACUUCGACCGGGCCGUGGGGCUGGUGAGCACUUGGACGCAGCGCUCCCCGCUGUUUAAAGACAUCAUCCACGGCAUCCAGAAGGAGGAGGUGUGCGGGAACCUGACGCUGCAGCACCACAUGCUGGAGCCUGUGCAGAGGGUCCCCCGGUACGAGCUGCUGCUGAAGGACUAUCUGAAGAGGCUCCCGGGGGAUGCCCCAGACCGGAAGGAUGCAGAGCGGUCGCUGGAGCUCAUCUCCACUGCCGCCAACCACUCCAAUGCAGCCAUUCGGAAGGUGGAGAAAAUGCACAAGCUCUUGGAGGUGUACGAGCAACUGGGUGGGGAGGAGGACAUUGUCAACCCGGCCAAUGAGCUGAUCAAGGAGGGCCACAUCCAGAAGCUGUCAGCCAAGAACGGCACCACCCAGGACCGCCACCUCUUCCUGUUCAACAGCAUGGUCCUUUACUGUGUGCCCAAACUGCGGCUCAUGGGCCAGAAGUUCAGUGUCCGGGAGAAGAUGGACAUCUCGGGCCUCCAGGUGCAGGAUAUCGGCAAGCCGAACACAGCACAUACAUUCAUCCUAACAGGAAGAAAAAGGUCGCUGGAGCUGCAGACUCGGACGGAAGAAGAGAAGAAAGCAUGGAUUCAGAUCAUCCAGGCCACCAUUGAGAAGCACAAGCAGAACAGCCAGACCUUCAGGGCCUUCGGCAACACCUUCAGCCAGGACGAGGACCCCAGCCCUCCUCCAGACAUGCCCGUGGGGAGCACCAGCUCCGGGGAGCCUGCGGUGACGGCUGAAGGCAGCGGGGCUGCGACAGGGCUCGAGCCCAGAAAACUGUCCUCUAAGACCAGACGUGACAAGGAGAAGCAGAGCUGUAAGAGCUGCGGCGAGACCUUCAACUCCAUCACCAAGAGGAGGCACCACUGCAAGCUGUGCGGGGCGGUCAUCUGUGGGAAGUGCUCCGAGUUCAAGGCUGAGAACUGCAGGCAGAGCCGUGUCUGCAGAGAGUGUUUCCUGACACAGCCGGUGGCCCCGGAGAGCCCCAGCCCUGAGGCUUUGGCCGAGCCCAAGCAGAGCACGGAGAAGCCACCCACUGCAGACAGCCGGCCCAGCCUGCUCUGCGGCCCCCUACGGCUGUUGGAAAGCAGCGAAGCCUGGAGUGAGGUGUGGGCUGCCAUCCCCGUGUCAGACCCCCACGUGCUGCACCUGCAGGGAGGUAGCCAGGACAGCCGGCUGCCUUGCGCCAUCCCUCUCGCCAGCUGCACGGUGAGCGUGCCUGGCCCCGAGGAGAGGCCGGACUCAGGGCACGUGUGGAAGUUGCAGCAGGCCCAGCAGUCCUGGUACCUGAGCGCCCCCUCUGCAGAGCUGCAGCAGCAGUGGCUGGAGGCCCUGAGCACUGCCACCCAAGGGGACAUGGCCCGGGACAGCCCGGAGGCUCCGCAGCCUCAGGCCCCUGCUGGCACAGCUGCUCUGUGAGCUGAGCCUCCCACUGCCUUCACCCCGCCAUGCUGGGCCUGUGUUCUCCUGGGAGGUGGCAUCGGAGGUCACAUGAAGGGUGCCUGGAACUGCUGAGAGUGGGCUGACAGCCCAGAGCUCAGGGCACUUGAUCCUGGAGGAUCCCCUCUCUUCAGAGGGGAGGAA